AUGCUGGCCAAGUCGUUCUGGAUCGUAGCCGCAAGCCUAUCCGCGGUAGUCGCAGCUCCUUAUACACCGGUCAAUGCUGCACCGUACACUCGCAUCGAAUAUAUAGUCGAAAUUCAACCGGGCUCUGCCGAAUGCGUAUACGGCACAGUGGACGCCAUACGGGCGCCAAACGAUCCCAACCCUCGUGUGGAUCUUUUCAGCAAGGUUCUCGACGUAGUUCCCAACGACGUCAUUUUCACACCUGACCGGAGCGUGACUGGACGUGUCGUGGGUGGACUCCACACGGCCGACGUAGUAGGGCACGAUGUGCUCCUUGAGAUUCCUGCCGAGUUCAAGUCCGAUCCUGCAAAUAUGCAAGACUGCUGUCGUCUGGACAGCAAGCUCCGAUACCACGUGUUCGUCGGCUUUACGCGAGUCGAGAUUGCAAAACGACAGUUCGAUGUCCAAGUCACAUGCGGCCCCUUCACCACGGCCUGCAGAGAAUUCUUUGAUGAGGAGGAUACGGAAGUCUGCAAGAUUGAGGGAGAGGUCAUACAAGCUCACACCACGACCUUCCCGUAA